AUGGAAGAGAGAGCCCUGAUACCGGUGACGCUUCCACGAGAAAACCCGACUGUUUCGUAUUGGCAAGACCCGCCAGAUGGGAUUGCUGAUCUUCGUUCAACAGCUGAACUUCCUCCAGAUGCAGAUAUAGCUAUCAUCGGCUCCGGUAUCAGCGGUGCAUGUAUCGCAUAUAACAUUCUCACACGGUCACCGCACACAAAGGUGGUCAUUCUUGAAGCCAGACAAGCAUGCAGCGGCGCAAGUGGACGGAAUGGAGGCCAUACAAAAGCAGCUUCAUAUAUAACGUUUGCUACACAUGCGGCUGCCGUGGGCAUAGAUGAAGCAGUCAAAAUCGCGAGACUCGAGUAUAAUACUAUUAAGCAAGUACAUGCCUUUGCUAGGGAGCAUGGCAUUCCUUGUGAUAGCCGUGAACUCGAAACUGUGGAUAUCAUCUAUGAUCAAAAGGCCUGGGAUGAGUCGGUGCAAACCAUUAAUGUAAUGCGAAAAACCAUGGGAGAGGAUGACCCUGCUAGCAAAUAUACCCUCUGGAGCAGCAAAGACGCGGAAGAGAGGUUUCUCUGCAAAGGAGCCGUCGGUGCCAUUACCUACGAAGCUGGAAGUAUCAAUGCAUAUAAAUUUGUUAUUGGAGUGCUGAAAUUAUGUCUUGCAAAGGGUGUAAAUCUGCAGACUGGAACUCCUGUUAUCGGAAUUACUUCGAGUUCUGGCGGAAAUGAUGAACCAAGCUGGGCCAUCUCGACUCCGCGAGGCCGGAUGAUGGCUUCUAAAGUCAUAAUGGCGACUAACGGGUACACGGCUGCCUUAUACCCGCCGUUACAGGGCAGGAUUGUGCCAUUGAAGGGUCAGGUCACAGCACAACGCCCCGGAGCAAGCAUGCCCAAGGAUGGACUUCCUCGCUCGUAUUCCUUUGUAUAUGCUGGCGGAUUUGAUUACAUGAUUCCUCGUCCCCAAGAUUCCCAGUUUCCCGGCGAUAUAGUGAUAGGGGGAGGGUUCACCAAAGGAAGAGGUCGAGGCCUGUAUGAGUAUGGGACAAUAGAUGAUACCAGUCUUACGCCAGAGAUCAGCGGCUAUCUAGCUAGCAGCACGGAGAGCUUCUUUGGCGACAACUGGGGUGAAGACGACACUGAAGGUAGAGUACGGCGGGAGUGGGCUGGCAUUAUGGGAUAUAGUACCGAUGGAUUUCCGUGGGUUGGUGACAUCCCGGGGGAACCUGGCCUAUACAUCUCAGCUUCAUUUCAAGGACAUGGUAUGGUAAUGUGCCUUCUAUGCGCAAAGGCACUUACCAGCAUACUAUACAACGACGAUAGGGCGUCCUUGUCUACCUGGUUCCCAAUCGCCUUCCAAGUCACAAAGUCUCGCCUAAGUCAGUAG